UUGACGAUUUGCAGUCGCAUGCUUCAUGCUUACCACCAUCCCUCUACCCCUUCCACCCAGACCCCUCCCCUAUCUCUUCUCCAGCUCAGACUUCAAGCAUCCUCCCGUAAAGCUCACCCCAUCCCAUUCCCCCGCUCGGCUACAUACCCAAACCCAAAAUAUCACUCCCACACCAACUAACAACCCCGUAUUUCCCAAAAACCAACUCGGUAGGCAUCCCACCAAGCUAAUCAGUCCUCUCCUCCUGGCGCGACAGAUAUCUCGCAAGACGGCCUCGCACCAGAUAUCGAAACCACUCGGUCUAAAUCCUAGCUUCUUCUCCCACCUUCCUAACUCAGCCAUCCCCACGCGUGCGGUCGUCGGAAAUGGUAUUCGGGGCGGUGGGCGGUCUUACGGAGCGCACAUCCGCUACGGGGACGCCGAGGGUCGGUGGUUGGUGCAGCAUUUCGCCGAUCUGGACGGGUGUGCUGUUGACCACCGCGUUGAGAAGGUGCCUUUCCUGAAGCGGGGAAUAGACAGCAAGUGGGAGCUUGAGUAAGUCCCGAGAUGGGCACGCUGUCCCCGUGCCUGGGGCUUUCUUUUGGUAUAAAAGAUCGUAGGCGGAGGUGAGCCUAAGACAGGGAGGAGUUCAGCCGGCCACUAUCGAUAUAUGAGAGAUGUCGACUCGAUGGAGUGAGCGGUCGAGCAAAAAGGGUUAUUGUCACCAGCCAUAUGAGUUUUGGACUUUCAAACCCAAAACCCGGAUACGACAUGGUUGGUUUGUUUGCGGAGAGGCAGCUUGGGAGGGUGUGAAAGCCGAAUGCACAGCAUCUGAUGGUGCGCUGGGUUGAUCUAGGUACGUUUAGUUGGUGGAGAUUACCGAGACGACUCGUUGAGUGUAGUUGGGGGGUUUUGAUGUCGACGUUGGAUAGAAGACGCAGCUGGUGGUGUGCGCUGUCUUUUAUAAUCAAUUCAAAAAGCGUAAUUACCGAAAUACGGUG